AUGGCACCCCGGUCCAAUAACGGUCGACACCAAAGCCUCGGGCUACGCAAUGUGAAACGCAACAGGCACACGGUCUCCGCUUCCACAGGAACCGAUGUGCGACUUGCGCGGGGAAGAGAAUCGUUGGUGGUUUCAGCCGGAUCCACUGAAAUCAUCGGGAGUCCCGAACGGCUGAACCAGGCCGCCACAUGGUCGCCUGAUUGGGCCCAUCGGGCCGGGGAGUCCACUCCUCGACCAAGUCUCAGCAAUGAUGCUAUGUCCAAUGGGUGGGCAGAAACACGAUGUGUCGGAUGGACAGUUCACAAGAAAGGGGGUUUCGGAGAAAACCCGCGGAGGGGACUCGAUGAGAUCAUUGUACACCGCUACUACUGA